AUGCUGUUUCGUUUCCUGCUGUUAUUUGUCGCUUUAGCGUACGUCGUGAACGCUAACGAUCAACCAGGUCGUCUUUACACGCCUUUGCAUAUCUUGCAAAAUCUCCAAAAAGAGCCUCCUCCGCCGCCCAAGAGUGAAUUUAGCACAAAAGCGGUUUCAACGAAUUGGUUCCGAGCACGUGUGGAUAAUUUCAAUCCGAGCGAUACGCGAACAUGGAACAUGAGAUACAUCGCAAACAAUCAAUAUUACGUCGCCGGAGGUCCGUUGCUCAUCUACAUCGGUGCUGAAUGGGCAAUUUCCGCUGGAUGGGUUCAAGGAGGCAUGCCUUUCGAUAUGGCGAGACAAUAUCGUGGAUAUCUCGUUUACACGGAGCAUCGAUAUUAUGGAUUAAGUCGACCAACAUCUGAUUUGAGUUAUGCGAACUUGAAAUACCUGAAUGUUGAUCAAGCAUUAGCUGAUCUCGCUGCGUUUAUUCAAUGGUUCAAAGCAAAUGUUGCCGGAAUGGAAAACAGUAAAGUUAUCUUGUUCGGAGGAUCGUAUGCUGGAACAAUGGCUGCUUGGAUGCGUCAAAAGUAUCCGAAUCUUGUGACGGGAAGUUGGGCUUCAAGUGCUCCGUUAAAGGCUAAAGUUGACUUUUUUGAAUAUAAGGAAGUAAUGGGAUACGCCUUCAAAACCAUCGGAGGUCAAUAUUGCUAUGACCGUUUAGAGCAAGCUUUCGCCGAAAUGGAACGUCUUGUUGCCAUCCGGGACGUUCGCCGCAUCGAACAAGACUUCCAGCUUUGCAUUCAACUCGACGUCAACAAUAAACUCGACGUUUGGAACCUUUUCAGCAGUUUCGGCAAUAGCUUAGCAGGCAUCGUACAAUAUCACUGGCCUGGAAAUAUCGAAAGUGUUUGCAACGUAAUGACUGAUUCUCGUUACCGGGAUGGCAUGGCAGCUUUUGCUGCAUGGAUUCGAUCGCAAUGGGGCAAUUAUUGCUACGGUCAUCGGUAUGUCGACACGUUGUAUUAUUACCAAGGCACCAAAUGGGGAGGCGAAUCCGAGUCUUAUCGUCAAUGGUAUUACCAAACAUGCGUCGAUUUCGGUUAUUUCCAAACUUCGAAUUCGACGAAUCAACCGUUCGGAAGUAGUUUUCCCGCGGAUUUGUAUACGCAAAUGUGCGCCGAUGCCUUUGACAGAUCUCUUACGAGACCCGCAAUUGAAGGUUUGAUUGCCAAAACGAAUGAAAAGUAUGGCGCUCUUGAUCCCAAAGUUACGAAUGUUUAUUUCACGCACGGAAGUAUCGAUCCGUGGUCCGCAAUUGGCGUUCAAGAGACGCAACAUGAAGCAUCGCCAGCUUAUGUGAUUCCGUUGCAUUCGCAUUGCACUGAUAUGUACUCACAAUCGGCGAAGGAUACGGCGGAGAUGAAAGUCGCCAAAGAGAUGGCAUGGAAUUUGGUCGAUAAAUGGCUGAAAGAGUAA